UCAACCAUGUUUUUAAUUUUGUUUAUAUAGGCACGUAGUUAAAGUACAUACUGAAGUCGUUUAACAAAUGCGCAAUACGAUUGCUGCUAAUAUUAUUAUUAUUGAUACAUAUGAACUACGUAAAUACCGUUAUCUUCCCCAUGUUUAAUCUCUACUAAUGGGCCUCAUUAAAACGUCUCACAAAUUUCGCGUGCCCGUUCCCUGUUUUUUGACACUUGACCAUUUACACAAGCAGAGUGUGAUGUUUCUUCCAUGAUAUCGAGACUGAAAUAUUUAUAUCUUGGAUUAAAACGUGAUUGUUUUGCAGUAGAAAUUCGGUCGGGAUUUUAUAUUUAAGGUAUGUGUAUGUACCAAAUUAAAUAAUUUGCAUCCAUUCGGGACACGAACCUGGGACAUCGCGCUUAUAAGAAAAUUUCUCUAUCGCAUUGUAAUGGAUUCUUCGAAACCACCGACGUCUCUUAAGCUCCCGGUCUCUCUGUCCCCUCCCGCGGGCUCAGACGACGGUACCGGAAGUGGACCCAGCUGGGGCCUCAUCAUUCCCAUCAUCCUGAUAGGGAUCUUCUUGGUUUGCGUCGUCCUGUGUCUGUGGUGGCACAAGUGGCGAGACAAGCGCACCCUGCAAAUGAGGAACACCUCGGCGUUUCAGCGGAGUUACCGCACGCGCUCGAGCUCUGGACGUCAAGAUGCGGUCCGGGACUCCACGCGAUCAACGGCGCCUCUUCGCAACAGCAUCAGUGAGAAAAUAUCAUCUUCUGGAAGUACCGAAAGUGGUACGAACCGGAACUCCAACAUUGUGAAAGUCAGUAACGUGAAUGUCAUACCCGUUCAGCCUCCGCGACCCAUGACGGGAAAGUUUUCGUUUUACUGGGAUAAGAAUCACUGGAAGGCGUUCCCGACCUCCUCGCUCUCAGCUUCCGGUCGCGCGGGGACCAAACCGCUUUCACCAAUUGACGAAAUUGAUUCACCAUCGUCCAUGAAGUUAUCAGACCUGUCCCGGAGCUACAAAGUGAAUUCCAAGGCCGACUUUUCACCUUACCAUUUGACAUGGAACACUCCGUCACAUGUCCCUCCUGCAUACGAGUACCCAUCAUCCCACGAACGCUUCGAUCCACACAUGACUGUGCGCGUGUCUGAACAGAAUUCGACGACCAAACGCUUUUCUAGCGGUGACCAAACUCCCAUGCCUAACCAUGGAUACGAGCCCGCAGUAAACUCGCCGUUUUUUCCCAACAACAACACGCCGACCACAGAGUGCGACAACACCAGCGACGCUUCACAGCGUCACUCACGAAACGGAAGUCACGCUCCCAGCCUUCAGUACACUAGCUACCCGUCCAGCCCGAAGUCGACGGUGCGGUCCGCCUCGAACCUGGGACUGUCCCUAAGUCUUGACACGACAACCACCCACCGUACCUCUUAUACCACAUCAUAUCAUGAUCCGUACCACAACUCGCACGAGAUGAGCAACAGCGGCCUGCACGCUUCGUCCUCCUAUCCGUCGGCCGAUCACACCGACAUGCCGACGACACUGAGCAGUCUGCCCAGCAGCAUCGCGAAAUUCAGCAAGCAGAACAUUCUCGAAGACAUGAACAACAACAGCGUCAUGGUGCCGAACGCCUACUUGCCGUAUACCUCCAAUAAAUUCAUCAACUACACCCUAGCUAGCAGCUUGGAGUCCUCGGAUACGCACAUGUCAGAUAACACGUCGCUUUUGCCUAACGUCGGUAGUAGUAACAAUUCCGGUUACCCGACAUCCGCAUCCGGUUACCCUAUUAUGAUGACGUCUUAUCCGGCAAGAAUGGAGCCAAGCGGACACGCGAGCCCGGAGGACUUGUCAAAGCUCGUGGAUGAGAUGUCGAGUAUCCGACCGGUAGAAGAGUCGUCUUCCAUGCGCAGAAACUCGUUUAUGGACCCGUCGUCGCGCAUAGUGAGCAUUUCCGGUCACAGCGCUUCCGCCGAGUUCCGAUAUAGCUGGAACGGUUUGGGAAAUCUGCAGAGGCUGGCUUCAACCGGCUCCGUUAAUAGUCAGACAGGCUCCAUGUUCUGGGACAACUACCCCCUGGAGGAUAGCAACUCCCGGAGCGUGUCGGAUGCCCGCCUGCACGACAGCCUUAUGCGUCACGUGUCCCAGUACAGCGCCACACCCGUCCUCAUGGACACACAAUACUGGGUGUAACCGCGCGGUCGUAGAGUAGCGCGCGACCUAGAAUGGUUAAGUCAUUGUCGAACUGUGUAUCAAUUAUUACAAGUAAUAAUAACUGUGUUAUGCGUUUAACUGUGUUAUGUGUUGGAAUUUGACAUUGCGAACAACAUAGUGAUUCCUUCAUAUUUCUUGCUGAAGUCAUUUUUUUACUGUAAUUCCCCCCUUUUCGAUAAGAUUAUAAAAUGUUUGUCAAUAUAUCUAAACUCUAAAAAGUUUUGAUGAACUGAAGAAUAAACAUGGAAAUAUUCAAUAAGUUGGACUUCAUACCGCAACGUACAACUUGACUGUUAAUGUUUUUGGAAUCCUUUUUUUAUACGCACAUGACUUAUGUAAAUGUAUUAUUUAUUCACAUCUGUCAACUGCAGCACUUACAUAUAUAGUGGAAAGGUUGA